CUGAUCUUAUCUUUAGUCUUUACUUACAUCAAUUUUUUUAUUGGAGAGUUUGAUUUUGUGCGUUUUGCGUCAUUGUUUAUUUUGGUAAUAAAUAAAGCAGAGUUUUCAAAUUAUUUACAAAAUUCUAAAGUAAUAUCGGACAUAUUUUUAGAAAUGUCUCACAGAAGAUCAAGUUUUCAAUCAAAUGACCUGUUUCCUCGUGAAAUUGAUAUUGAGGUGUGCUUAAAAACCCUAAAAAUUUAUCAAAAAAUUGAAGGAGAUGUGAAUUGUGUUGUAUGGGAUGCAUCUUUAGUUUUAGCAAAGUAUCUCGAAACAAUGUGCCAGAAUAAACCUGAGUUCUUAAGUGGCAUUAGAGUAUUAGAACUUGGGUCAGGUUUAGGGGUUGUUGGUCUAACAGCUGCAACUCUAGGCGCCCAAGUGACUCUUACAGAUUUACCUGAAGCACUGCCGUUGCUGCGAAUGAACAUAAAUGAAAAUAAGUCAAAAAUUUCCAGUAUGGGAGGGUAUGCCAUAGCAGAGUCUUUGGUGUGGGGUGACAGUACAUCCCAAAUACUUAAAGAAGAAUUUGAUAUGAUUGUACUCGCAGACUGUGUUUAUUAUGAAGAGGCAAUAGAUCCUCUGGUACAGACCUUACAAUGCUUCACCAACACCUUGACAAAGAAACCCACAAUGUAUUUGACUCAAGAGCUUCGAGAUUCUGAAAUACAAAAGAGGUUAUGGAAAAAGUUUUUUGAAAAACUUAAUGACAUCUUUAAUGUGGAACAGAUACCUGAAGAAGAACAACACAAAAAUUAUAGAAGCCCAGAUAUUUUACUCUUUAAAAUUACAAAGAAAUGAUUUCUUAGGUGUAAGUAUAAUUAUAAGUAAUAAGCGCAUUCAGUCUAUGACAAUAAAUUUGUUUAUUUUAAGAUAUAAGUAUCAUGAAGCAUUUCCAAUAGCUCAAAUCUUUUUCUAGUUUAAAUGAAUAAUAAUAAACUUCUAUCUACAUAAAUUCAUAGAUUGUGUCUUUACCUAGGUAUAGCAGGAAUUAUUAGUAGAUUACCUACCUACCAUGCAUUUAAAUUAUUAUUGUUAGGCUUUUUUUGUAUUAUACUUUUUAAUAGGUCUAUUUUAUUAAUUACUUAUAUAAAAAGUUUUUUCUAGGGUUUUUAGUGAAUGCAUAUUUAUUUUGACUGUGUUGUGUUUACUAUUUAAUAAUCAAUUACCUCAAAUGUACAAAUUUAAUAAAGUUUCUGCCUUGUUGCCUU